GAAUCGCGCGACGAAAUCGGCUCCUCGGUUGUUCGCGGGAGCGCCAGGUCGCCGAGAUCGAACGUAGUGCUACGCGCGUGUGACAUAAGGUCACCCCAGUGUGUCGAUACGCGAACGUCGUCGAUCCCAUUUCCACAGUGACACCAGUGCGGGUGCAUACGCAUACCUCUGCGCGGAUACCCUUUGUUCGCAGAGACGGCGGUGGGCUGACGCGGAGUGUGUGAGUGGUGCGAGUGUGAACUUGCUGGUCUCCUCCGAGUGUGACUGUUGACUCCUCGAGACCGAGGCGGACGAAUUUUCGGCGUUUCUUCGAUAGGAAGCAGAGAAUUAUCAACGAAAUGUCGAGCCCGAGAGGCGUCGGCGGAUCUAUUCGCGAAGGCACGAGGGUCGUGCUGAAAGAGAUCACCGCAACCCUCCACAAUUCGACGCAGAAUCAUCUCCCUCGGCGAAAGAGCGGCGGCAACGACGGACCCGUGGCGAAGACACCGGAGCAUGAGGUGAAGGUUCGUUUCGCCCGCGAAUUCGCCGACGUAGGACCGGCGGUGACGCGCUCGGUCCCGGAGAGCCUGUCGUCGGCCAGCAGCUUCCACAGCCUCAGCAGCACCCUCAGCACCAAGAGCAGCAGCGGCAUAUGCCCGGACACGUCGUUCGACACACCGGACGACCUCGCGAACGUCUCCUACAUCAACUCCAACAUUCCCGGCGUGGAGGAGCUGAUCCUCGCGUGCGCCGACAUCCACCUCGGGGACGAGCCCGACGUCGUUCCGCAGGAUAUCAAUCUCAGCCAGGACCAAACUUUCGCGUCGGCCACGGACGAGUCGCUGUUCCACACGAACGACUGUUCCCUCAGCGAGGACCUGUCGAAGUUCGUCGCCGACCCCGCUAACGAGAUCCAGCUGAUCGAGAGGAAUUCUCAGUCGCCCAACACGUCGUCGUUGUCUCAGACGCUCGUCCCGGAGCUCAGCAGUGCGCUUCUUCCGGGUGAUAAGCAGCAGUCCGCGAGCCCCACGGAAGAGGAGCCAGUCGUCCCGCCGCUGCCGCAGGAGAGUGAUGAUACGAGUGAAGCUGAGACGCGCAGCGCGAUAAAAGACUCGCUGCUCGCGAGUAAUGCGGCCGAUCAGUUGGACGUAACGGCCACCGUGUCGCCGGAUAUCUCGUUCGCCAGCGCGGCCACGGUUAACGAGGAGCGGACGGUAGAGAGCCACCACAGCGCCGAGACACUGUCGUCGGAGGAUUUCGAGUCGUGCGCCACCCACGUCUCCGCUCCGUCCACGUCGGAGCUCCCGCCGGCGCAACAGAAUGCGGAAAGCCCACAUUCGUUGCCCGUACCGUCGUCGCCCUUAGAAGACACCGAUUUGUCAGGGCGACACGCAUCAGCGUCACCGGCGGCAGCGUUAUCACCCGAUGAUCGAAAGGUAUUUACACCGACAACCGUAGAUAGCUCUGACGUUCGAGCGGAUACGAAGGAAGUUGACAAGGAAGAAGAUUCGCCUCGAGUGGGCGAACAGGAGGAUAGCGUUCAGCAGUCAAGCGAGAGCGGUGUUGCGGAAACGUCGGAAGUCCGCGGGAACCCGCAGGCCAACAUCGACACGCAAGAUUCGUCGGUGAGGAGCAGUGCGGCAUUGAAUGAAACGCAAACUCUCGUACCCGAGGAAGAUAUUGCCAUAUGUAACGAGGCCCGGCUCGUCGAGGAGCAACGUGACCCGUCGGAGACUGUGAUUAUACAAAAGGAGGAAGUUCUCGCGGAAGGUGCGGCUUCAACGGUUGCGAAAAAAGAGGGAUCCGUCGACGGGAGUUUCGAUCGCACGCUCACACUGCAGGAGAUCGAUGUAGACUUCGCGGCCGCGUCGAGUGAAGAUCAGUACUUGGACUUUAAACCUCAGCGCCAGAGCACCACGUUGGCCCUAACCGAAGAAAAAGCAAAUUUCGAGCAGUUCAGAUCCACGGCGGAGAAGGUCACUAAUGAUCUGCUCAAUUCCUCGCUGGAGUUCGUGGAGGAAGCAGAUACGUUUGUCAGCGCAGCAACAUCCACGAUUUUCCAGGACCCCUCGACGUUUGACUUUCUGCUAGCGCGUAGUAACUCCAGGCAUGCGAUAGAUCGCCUCAGGAAAGAGUCUUUGUACGUUAAAUUCGACCCAUUGGUAUCGAAUGCCAGCAUGUUGUCUCAAGGGAACGCCCAGCCGAUUAACGACGAGCAGAACGACAAGAACGAGUCGCCCCUCCCCAACGUUGGUACACCAAAACGUAAUCCUGCCAUAGCAGCUAUAGACAGGCUGCUUUUUUAUAGCCCCCUGCCUAGUGGAACAGUGCAGAAGCUAGAGGAAGCUCAGGAGAAGAAUGAGCAACCAGCAGAAGAGCCUAAGUCCGACGCACCGCUUAUUGCCGAUAUAAAUUUAGCCGAGGAACUUGAGCUUGUAAGGACGACCGUGCUACGAUUAGAAGAGGAAUUAGAGAAGCAGAAGAAACAUGAAGUCGAGUUGGAGAAGCAGAAAGGAAUUUUCCAGGAGAAAAAUAAUAAGCUGCAGGCACAAGUGGCGCAAGAAAUGAAAAUGAAAACUCAAAUGAGUGUCGUCGUGGAAGAAUAUGAAAAAUCGAUCAGCAGAUUACUUACCGAGCGGGAGAGGGACCGUACGAACUUCGAGCAAGAGAAGGCGAAGUUGCAGGAGGAGCUGCAGGCUGCGAAUCACCAUCUUACCAAUACGGAGGCAGCGUUCAAUGAUGUACACCAAAAAUACGAGAGGCUCAAAGGGGUUGUGUCAGUGUACAAAAAUAAUGAAUCUGUAUUAAAAGAAAGUAUACAGGAGAAUGUAGAUACUAUAAAGACGUUGGAAACGCGAUACGAUCAACUGAAGGACCAUGCAAUGGCUCAGCUAGAAAAAGCUAAUCUGGAGUUGGACGGAAUACGAAAGCAGAACGAGGCGGAGACGGUGAAACUGCAUGCGAUGAUAAGAAAAGCGGAACUCAAGAGCAAUUCGCUCGCCGAGCUCGUGGAGCAGAAAACCAAGGAAAAUAAAGAACUCGCGAUGAUUCUAGACGAGGUUAUUGCCAGGGUCGGUCACAGAAAUCAAGAGUGAAAUUAUAAUUAUAUAACGAAGUGUCGCGCGGUUAGUCUUUAUUUUUUUACUCGUCCUCACUGUCUUAGCUAUAACUAUAUGUUAUUGUGAUUGAUGUAUGUACACAUGCGUUGAUUCGAGUUAUCAAGUUUCGUUUCAUUUAAAAAAAAACGUCUUUUAUUAAUUAUUUAUAAGUUGUGACAUAUAACUAUUUUAAAGCUAAUAAAAUUAUGUAUAUUAAAAAACA